AUGAAUUCACCUAAUUCCAUUCCUCAGUCUACUUCAACUUCAACCCAAUCCCAAUCCCAAUCACAAUCUCCAUCAAUCGCUAUCAAUCCAGCUACUAAGAAAAAAGAAAUCACCGCUGUUCAAGCUGCUAAAGCAAAAGCAAUGAACUCGAUCCUCAUUUUAGUCGAAUCUGAACCAUACCUGAUUCGAGUCCAUCGGAAAUUUUGCCGCUAUAGUACAAACGAUGGCUCAUUCUUGGAACGUUUCAAAAAGAUGAAGGAGGAAGAAGUAGAAAAGAAAAAACAAGAGGAUGCACUUCAACGGAAACAAGCCUUUGAACAACGAAUCAAAAAUCGUGGAAAACGAUCAGCAGAUUCAGAUGAGAAAUCGUCCAGUAAAAAACCUAAACCAGAAGAUGAAGAUAACGCAUAUCUACGUGAAGUACGUAAAUUACAAGGACAUAGUUUACGGGAUGAAGGUGCAGGUUGGUUUGGGUUUAUUGGUUCGAGGUUGAUUGGUGAAAACUUCAAAUUCGAUCUUAAAUAA